UGGCGAUGAGUACUUGCACGACAGAUUAUACCCAGCCUAUAUUAAACUCAUUUUCGUAAUAAGUUGAUUAUUUGCAGUAAUCUCAUUGUGUAUCGUGCGACUGGUAGCGCCAAUCGUAGCAAGUAAAAAACGAUGUCAUCGUAGAUCUAUUUUCGCGGCGGUAGGAUAUAUGGUGUGAAUGUCGUCUUUUUUUCUUCUUUUUUUCCCUCUGUCGGAAGCCAUUAUGGAAGUUUUAGAGUUUAGCAGGGGAGAGACGAGAAAAGGAAGAGGAUUCGCCAGGAGGGAUCAGCGAAACGCUUUUUAGAGACGGUUUUCGAUGUCUAGAUAAUAUUUUUGUAUUUUUUAAUUGUGCACGUCAAUUUUUUUUCUUUAGCGACUAGAAUCGAGAUAACGAGGAUCCUGUAUUUGGAUAUAUUUUAAUUAAAAUAAUAACCAUGCUAGCUAUGUAGCCGGCUAGCUACAGGCUACGUGUGCGCCGAGGGGAAGAGAGUGCGCUCGUCACGGUUGUUCCGUCUCGGGGGUUGCUUGGAGAGGUUUCUCUCCAGUUUUUCCGUCUCAAUCACGGCGGCUGCGGUAGACUUAGAGACUUGGGCCGUUUCUAAAACGUUCCGUUCCGGGAGCUGGACAACAGUGUGCCGUUUCACCUGGGAGACGACGGGAGAAGAGCACGGGCUUGCGGGAGCCGGGCCUGCGGAGGAGCGGAGCGAGGCCCUCCGUUAUCAGCCAGCGGAGGAAGCCCUUCGGGUAGCCCGCCGCGGCGAGUAGCGCUGCUGGUGGGGUGGACCGCGAAGCUAAGAAGGCGUGUUACGAGGAGCCUGACGGACAGAGGCGUUUCGCGGCACGGCGACAAUACUUAAUAAUUUAAUUUAAAAGCCCCAAAGACUCCUGUGACAGCGAUGGCUGCAAUCAUAAAGGAAAUAGUCAGCCGAAACAAAAGGAGAUACCAGGAAGAUGGCUUUGACUUGGACUUGACCUAUAUUUAUCCUAACAUUAUCGCCAUGGGCUUUCCUGCUGAGAAACUUGAGGGUGUCUACAGAAACAACAUAGAUGACGUAGUACGGUUUCUGGAUUCAAAGCAUAAAAAUCAUUAUAAAAUAUAUAAUCUAUGCGCAGAGAGAAACUAUGACGCUGCCAAAUUUAACUGCAGAGUUGCACAGUACCCCUUUGAAGACCACAAUCCCCCCCAGCUAGAGCUUAUAAAGCCUUUCUGUGAAGACCUUGACCAAUGGCUGAGUGAAGAUGACAAUCACGUGGCAGCGAUUCACUGUAAAGCUGGGAAGGGACGAACCGGUGUCAUGAUCUGUGCUUACUUGCUGCACCGUGGUAAAUUCCUAAAAGCACAAGAAGCGCUAGACUUCUAUGGCGAAGUCAGGACCAGGGACAAGAAGGGAGUCACGAUCCCCAGUCAGAGGCGCUAUGUUCACUACUACAGCUACCUGUUGAAAAACCAGUUGGAGUACAAACCCGUGGCGUUACUCUUUCACAAGAUGGUCUUUGAGACUGUUCCCAUGUUCAGUGGGGGCACAUGUAGGGAUACUGCAGUUAAAAACAAGACUGAGCAGAUUCCACAUGGGUUCAAAAAAGGGAAUUGGCACUGGGAUCCCCAGUUUGUGGUCUACCAGCUAAAAGUGAAGAUCCACACCUCCAACCCAACACACACACGGCGUGAAGAGAAGUACAUGUUCUUCGAGUUCCCAAAGCCUCUGCCCGUGUGCGGGGACAUCAAAGUGGAGUUCUUCCACAAGCAGAACAAGAUGAUGAAGAAGGACAAGAUGUUCCACUUUUGGGUUAACACUUUCUUCAUACCUGGACCAGAAGAGACUUCAGAGAAGGUGGAGAAUGGGAGCUUAAUGAAGCAAAUGGAUGGGAUUCAGACCACAGAACUGGGAGACGGCAAUAGGGAUUACCUAACCCUGGUGUUGACAAAGAAUGAUCUGGACAAAGCGAAUAAAGACAAGGCCAACAGAUACUUCUCACCCAACUUCAAGGUGAAGUUGUACUUUACAAAAACAGUGGAGGAGCCCUCAAACUCCGAGGCCAGCACUUCAACGUCCGUUACCCCAGACGUUAGUGACAAUGAACCAGAUCACUAUAGAUACUCUGAUACCACUGACUCUGACCCCGAAAACGAACCCUUUGAUGAGGAGCAUCACACACAGAUAACAAAAGUCUGAAAAUAUUUUUAUGGGAAGAAAAAAUACAUCAGAGAAAAAAGGAAAACUUGAAUAUGAACUGAAAGUACCUCCCACCCCCCCACACGCACCCCCAAAUGGCUGUUGGACAUUUGUGUCGUGUUAAUAUGCCUCCGAUUUUAGGAACAACAAUCCUGACCAAUUUAUUUUAAUUUUAUUAUUAUUAUUAUUAUUAUUAUUAUUAUUAUUAUUAGUUUUGCCCCAAACAUCCGCAGGGUAUUGACACAGUGGGGAGAAAGGUUCGGAAGCUUCUAUACGUACCUUUUUUGUGUCAGAGACGGGGGGUGGGGGGGACAUUCAGCAGAUGGGAGGUGAGAGAAGUGAGAUUUGAGAUCUGAAUUUGCUGCUCCGUCUCCUGUUGAACCCAAGGCCAGUGCAUCAGUCGUUUUCUCCCCCUGUCCGCCCUCUGAGCUUUCCUCCUGUGUCCUCCUGUGUCCUCCCACCCUACCUACUGUGAAUGCUUCUCGUGCUGUUUGCAGUCUCAUUUCAGUUGACGUUUUGUGUAGUGGGAAAUGCCAUGUUAGGAUUCUCCAAGCUGAUUAUUAUAUUAUUGAAUAGGCUACAUGACAUCUAGACAAAUGUCCAUUCCUUUUACCACUGUGUAUUUUGUUAAAGGUAUGCAGAAGACAGUAUCCCAUGUGUUUGUCAAUGUUUUUUUUUUUUUUUAUGUUAAUAUAAUAAAAUUACAAUACACAAAACAGCAGGGAAACCAGUGUUGCAAUAAUGUUAACACUAUACAUUUAAACGGCAAAACCAGUGUGCAUGUUGUUUAGUGUCCUUGUUGUUUAAUAAAUGGUAUACUAUGUUUUUUCUAAAGUUUCUAAUGUCAUUUGAACUUUGACCAUGUUUAGGCAGGAAAUCAAUGUUCCUCUUAUGGCUUACACAGGUAAUACUUUGAAUCUCCGACAGACUAAAUUUGCAGUAGGUUUGUUACCAAACAGACUACCCCCCUCCUUUUAGCUCAGUGUUCAUCUUUUGAAGACUUUUGUGGAUCUUAUAGGGGUUUUGCUGUACGAUGGUUUACGUUAUCAGUUAGCGACUACUUCGGCGAUUAUCUGCUUAACCUUGGACCUCUCCCUUAGGUAUUUGUGGGACAUCAGUUGUUUUGGUUCCUAAAACAUAGCUCGUUUUGUAGCCUUGUUGCGCAAGGUCUGUUGACCUCCAAAACAUCCAACCGAGGUACUUACGAACUGCCAAACACCGUCCGUUCUCUAAUCGUGCGGCGGUGAGGAGUCAAUAGUCUAUGCCUAAUGUGGUGUAGGUAGCAGUAAUGGCCUGUACCAUUUGGCGUGAGAGUAGGAGGCACCCAGAGACUUGUACAUUUAUGUAGUCCUCAGUAGGCAUCCCUGACUGGCUGUUUCCUACACAUCGACCCCCCCCCCCCCCCCCCCCUUUGAACCAAUUAGUCCACAUGCAUUGCGAAUGGCACAGCUACAGAUGUUGCUGAAAGUCUCAUGCAUGCUUCAGAAAUUCAGAAAUCCAUUUCCUUUCCUCUUUUUCUUUUUUCUACAGCAUGCCUUUUUGUGGUGUCACGAGCCAGACCAAAAAAAACUUUUCAGUUUGUUGCGCAGGACUCUUCACCGAUGUCGGCUGCCUCUCUUAGUACCGUUUUGACGUUAAGGCUCCACCCUUGUCAUGGAUCCACUGCGCACGCCGCUCACCUGGCCUUUCCUUUGUAAAGAAAGUGUUCCUUUGGCAGUUUUUUUUUUCUUCUAUUUAGAAAACACUCGUCAGCCCAGUGAUGCACAAUGUAGUGUGUGAAUUUUUUUUUUAUUUACCUCAUCACAGAGAACCUGCCAAAAGUAAGCUUUUUUUUUUUUAUAAAAAAAAAAAGAAAAAAAAAACAAAGUUGAGUUGUGUGAUUGUGCGAGGUAUUUUUUUGCCUUACUUGAAGUUGACAAAUGCUUACAUAGCAACUGCUUUGGAAAAUCUACCCUUCUACCCAGGCACUGAUUCUGAUAAUUCACAUUCUUAUUUAAAGCUAUUUUGAACAGAGCUACACAUUGUCACUAUACUUUUGCACUGUUACAGGUUUUUGCAGGGUUUGAUAGUGGUCCAUCCCCCCCCCCCCUCACCCCCCAGCAAAAAGCCUUGCAAGCAUUGAAAGUAGGUGCAGGUGGAGUCAAAUGGCUUGGUGUACCGUUAAUCUCGUAUCUGUACCAACCCCACCCCACCUUCCAGGCGAAAUUGUUACUUUGACUGAAAAUGUCCUGAAUAUUUUUUUUUAAUAAAAGGGGAAAAAAACUACAAAAAAAAGUUACUAUAACAGUAUUCAUGAGUAUUCUGGUAAAGCUAUCCUGCAGGUAUUCAUUCUUUGUCUCUCCACUCGUAACUCCUGGAUCCUAUGCUUAUACUUACUCUGGAUGUUCAGCAGCUUAAAUGUACGAAUCUAUUCAAGGGCCUCACUGUUAAGGAGGUCAUUUCUAGGUCCUAGGUCAUUCCUAGGCGUCUGUAGCCCAACUUCUGAGAUUUGCCACAGUACCUUAACACACACAAAUGUAGGGGAAUUAAAUUCAGAAAAAGAGGGGGAAAAAAAUAAUCCUUUAGGAACCACUGAGGUCUUUGAUGUGGCACAGGUUAACCUCGUGUGAAGUUCGCAGGCAGCAUCGAGUUAAUUUUCAGCUUUAAGGAAAUCAUAAAGGUGCCAGUGUGCGAGUUUUCACGUCACUAGUUUCUAGCAGAUUUGUGCAAUAUGUUAUAACGAUGCCUGUGGUUGCCGCAAAGUGCCUCUUGUUUACUGUUAAGAAGAGAGAAGUGCUUGUUAAAAACUGUUGAAAUACAUUAUGUCAUGCAUGCAGAAGAUAGGGGUGGAACUGCACUAAAUAAGGGGCUUUACCUGCAGAAGUGAGCAGAGUUGUCUUUUUGCUCUGUUCACUGUUUUCUGGGUUUAAUUUUAUGUAGAAUAUGUAAACUCAGUAUAUUUUCAGUCUUUCAAACAGCCUUAUUCCAUUUCAGCCUGUUCAGAUACUAUUGUGCUGUACAACAGUUGCUCUGUGUGUAAUACCAUGCACUGAAUACACAACCAACGAUGUAUGAAAUUGUACAGGUUAUAACGAUGCUCAUACAAAUCAGAUGUCUGUUAUUGUAUGUGUAAACUACCCUUUAUCUUAGUGUUAUAAACUCCACAUAAAACCAAUUAAAGUCUCAUUCUUGUCA